AUGGGUGACAAGAGACUUAAUGAACUCCUCAAAUGGAGUAUCGAGCAAUCCGAUGCUACCAAGAACGACCCAAAUGCCCCAGCGCCCAGCACACAACUCACACCAGAGCUCAUGGCCUCGCUUAUGGGUGGCCCCUCUGAUGCCGACCUCAUGAAGGCAUCUAUGGAGAUUAUUACUUCAAACGACACUGAGCAGGUCUCUCUGGACGACAAGCUCAUUGCAUUCGACAACUUCGAGCAGCUUAUUGAGGGUCUCGACAAUGCCAACAACAUUGCAAACCUCAGCCUGUGGACCCCGCUGCUUGAUCAACUCACGCAUGACGAGCGCGAGAUCCGUAAGAUGGCCGCAUGGUGUGUCGGCACAGCCGUUCAGAACAACGAGCGCACUCAAGAGCGCCUGCUCGCCAUGGGAGGACUGCCCAUGUUAGUUAACCUGGCUACGAAGGAGGGCGAGCCUGCCGAUGUGCGUCGCAAGGCCGUAUAUGCGCUCAGCUCGGCGGUUCGCAACUACCAACCUGCCAUGGACGUCUUUGCCGACGAGCUGACCAACAAGGGUCACAAGACUGAGAAGGUUGAUGCUACGAGCAUGGAGGCCGUGGACGAGAUUGUCAAUGGGCUACGGGAGAAGAUUGGCAAGGAUUGA